AUGGGUCUGACUCUAAUGGACAUUUCGACCUUGACUGGUUUACUAGUUGAUGGUGAAUUUGUUUCAUGGUCGACCGAUUAUCCUGAGGAUGUUUUUGACAUUAACUUUGACUCAAAUUCUAUGUCGAGCUUUAUUCAAAACAAUAUUGGUUCCAAUGGGGAUCCUGUUUCUGACAGUGAGCAUAUCCAUCAUAUGCCUCUUCCUAGUGAUGCUGAAACUCUCCAAGAAUCUGGGCCUACAUAUGGAUCAGGGUCAACUGCUGCAGCUAUCACUAUUAAAUCCAUUGACAAAGACACGGUUCCCGUACUGUCGACACAGAAAUUCGUCAAUCAAGACACAAAGCCACCCUUUAAUGUUCCUUCUCCAGAAGCAGGAGAUUUGAACUUUGAUGACAUCACCUUUGACCUGGACAAUAUCUUAAAUUCUUCAUCUUCUUCACAAGGCUUUUCAUUUGCAAUUCCAUCUCUUCAGUCCUUCAUGGCUUCUCACUCUAGUCUCAAUUCUAGCAAUACUCCUACCGUCACUGCUGCAUCACCAUCAUCAACUACCAUUUCUGUAACUACUACUAUCAAUGUUUUUGUUACUACCUCUACUGCAGGAACAACCAUGGCAUCUGCUUCUAUCUCCACCACCAAAGCUGCUGUUAUUGCUCCAGGUGGAACCUCUGCUACUCCCGCUUCUUCGUCCCAGGAGGGUGAUGACGACGUACAUGUCGCAAGUCCUCCACCUCUAGUGACUAGCAUGUCACAAUUUUAUAAUGAUGAUGGGAUCUUAAGGGCUUCUAAUCCAGAUGUAGAGACUACCGACUUAUGGCGUAGCUAG